AUGGUUUGGGCUCCUAAUAGAUAAAAAGCAACGGUGUUUUACUUAGUCAUUAUAACAUUAUAGUGUUAAUUAGGCAAAAACCUCGGAAUUCAAAAGCAAAGGACCCGGAUGUGUUGUGUUCAGGAGACAUGCGGUGACGGAGGCACUCUGAUUUCCCGUAUAAACAAUGUUUAGUAUUACGAGAAAAGGACUUGCAUCACAUUGUCGGCUUUGUUUUUUAUAUACAUGCGCCUUUACAACUAGCAUCCGUUGACAAAUUGUAUUUUUUUGUGUGCUUUUUGCUAAGGUGUUUGUAGUGUCGUUAAUCUCACUAGUGUCUAGUACACGUUUUCUCAUACCAUGCCUCUUCCGGGAUACAAUCCGAAAGUAAGAUUAUUAGAAGAACCUCAAUUUAGGUUUAUAAAUUAGAGAAUUACAAAAAUCGCGAUUGUGCGAUUGAUUAUAAAAAUCGUACAAUCUCUCCCGAUGUUUCAACUUCCUUUUUAACGGGUCUUAUUGUGUCGAGAAACAAGUAGCAGCGAACACAGGAAACUGAUGGCUCGUCUCCUAUUGCUCUUCUUUCUGUCAGUUAUGGUGAUGGAUCAGGAAGGAAUAUUAGAGAUUCAGCCCAGCCAUCAGUUAUCUGAAUGUGAUGAAUUCGAUGAAUCCAAAGUUACCGAGGUUCGGGUGUAUGAAGGUGAGGCUGCUGUGUUACAAUUCCCUCUCUUCACCUCCUCCACUGUUUUCAACAACUUCGGUGCAAACACUGGAUUCAAGAUAGAAUGGUGCAGAAACCAGUCUGGCGGACACCUCCAGCAGCCUAUCUUAUGGCCCCGGAUCAGCCAAGAAGGGAAAAGGCUGUGGUUUCAUCCAGCAGCAUUUAAUGAUACAGGCCAAUAUAUUUGUUUACUAAGAAAUGGAACAUUCAGUGCUAAAAUACCUGUCUGGCUUAAUGUAGUUCAGAGGGCCAAGGAAAUAUGCAUAGCAGAACCAGCAGGUAUUUCGACCCUGGUGAAGAUUCCUUUGGAAGAAAACAGGAUAGUCCCUUGUCCUGAUAUCGAAGAUUUCAGGCAUCCAAACAGGAAUUUCUCUGUCCAGUGGUUUCAUAACUGUUACCCUCACACAAACUGGCAUGGUGACCGUGGGAUUGAAAACGAAAAGCUGGUUAUUCAUGUGAUGCGUGAGAACUACCAGGGCAACUACACUUGCAUGGUGACCUACAAGUUCAUGGGAAGAAACAUGUCCUUCACAAGGGUGGUCACUGUUGAGCCUGUGUCUCCUAGUGGGCUUCCAAAGAAUCCGGACAUACAAACCCCCGAUGAGCUGCAUGUGUUUACUGUGAAUUUAGGGUCGCUGGCUCAGCUGGCUUGCACUGUGUUCCUUCCCUACUUAAGUGAAGAGCAGUCAGAACCUCAGGUGUGGUGGGAAAUUGACGGGCAUAAAGUCAACACACAAGGCGACUCCCGCAUUACCAGCAUGUCCAAAGUUUUGACGAUUGCACUAGGUGACAGAACAAUAGAGACAAUGCUACAUAUCAAGUCUUUUAACACCCAGGACCUGAAGAGGAAAUACACUUGUAAUGCUGCAAACAGUCGGGGCAAUGUGAGCCGGAAGGUUUUCAUCAAAGAUGAGGGAUACCUACCCCACAUAGAACUCGGAUGUGGUCUAGGCAUCCCCUUGUUCCUUGUAGUGGUGCUGUUUGGAUUGUACCAUUUGUACUGGCUGGAGCUGCUACUGCUGUACCGUUCCUGCUUUGGAUCAAAUGAAGUAUUAGAUGGGAAGGACUAUGAUGUCUAUAUCUCCUAUGCGAGGAACAGUGAGGAAGAACAGUUUGUGCUACUGACACUUCGUCAAGUCCUGGAGAAUGAGUUUGGAUAUCGAGUGUGCAUUUUUGACAGGGACAGCCUGCCUGGAGGCACCAUUACAGAUGAGACUCUGAGUUUUGUGAGCCGUAGUCGACGCCUCAUUGUAGUGCUGAGUCCACUCUAUGUGCUGCGUGGCACACAGGCCUUGCUGGAACUGAAGGCUGGUCUGGAAAGCAUGGCCCAGGCUGGAGAUCUCCGAGUUAUCCUGGUCCAGUACCAGCCUAUUUGUAGAUCAAGCUGGGCCAAGGAACUGCGCCGAGCCCGUGUGGCGUUAACAUUGAUCCAGUGGAAGGGGGAGAAGUCUGCUGAUCUCUCUUCACGCUUCUGGAAACAACUACAGGUGGAACUCCCAGCCAAGAGGAUCAAAGGCUCUGUAAAUAGCAGUGAACUCCCAUUAUGCAGUAAACACAAAUUUAUAGACACAUAGAUGGAACAACAGCCUCACUGUAUAAUUAAAUAAUACAAAUGAAAAUCAUGCACACUGAUAUCAACAGCGUGUUCCCACAAUAGCCCAGAAAUUAAAUUAAGCAUCAUUGGGAUGCAAUGAGAUGUUUUUUUUUUGUUUCAUACAGAAUAAAGUAGAUAUUUUAUGGGUUGCUCAACACUUUAUUAAUGUAAUAUUCCGGCAGCUGGGGCAGCAAAAAAAAAAUUGAAAAAUAACAGAAGAUAACUCUCAUAAAAAUACAGCAAUUUUCUAUAAUUAAAAUACAGAUUAUAGCUGUAAUAUGUGGAACUUUUGAUAUUUUACAUGUGUUAAAACGAUGAAAUUGUGUAAAUAUGGUCAAAUGUUAUAAUACAAACAAUGACCUUAAAAUUAUGGAAAGGUACUGUAAUUACUUGGUUUCAUAAAAUAAUUUUAUGUUUAGAAAAUGUAUUAAUAUAUAUUUCGUGGAAUAAAAUGAAAAACAUAUAAAAUAUGAUUUAUCUUUCAAAAGAUGUCAAAACUGUUGAAAAACUGUUUAUUAUGGUUAAAUUUGCAACAAUCUACUGUACAUUUUAGAUCAUUUCAAAUAAAUUGAGAUUUUACUUGUAA